AUGCCUGUCGUGCGCAAAAGACUGGUCAUACCCGCCUUCAUUCUCACAUUUCUCAUAUACAUCAUCUUCGACAGCAUCGAAUACGACGACUAUCCCCCCGAACCACCUCCACCUCCACCACCUGAUUUCCACAACGAUGAUCUCCUCGAAGAAACGGUCCAUUGGCACAAAAUCCCCGAACACUACCCCGUGAAAGAAUUCAUCGAGUUACCGACCGGGGGCGCAUCGUCCAUCCCUAAGAUACAGUAUGAUUUUCCGAAAGAGAAGGCAUCAGAUCGUCGGACGCGACAAGAGAGACAAUCCGCCGUCAAGGAAGCUUUCUUACAUGCAUGGACGGGAUACAAAACACACGCUUGGCUGAAAGACGAAGUUUCGCCUAUAAGCGGUGGAUACGUGAAUAGUUUCUCCGGCUGGGCUGCGACUCUCGUCGAUACACUCGAUACGUUAUUGAUUAUGAGCCUGGACGACGAGUUCCAACUCGCGCUGGACGCGAUUGAUCAGAUUGAUUUUACAACUACCACGGAUAAGAGUAUCAACGUCUUUGAGACUACUAUUCGCUACAUGGGUGGGUUUCUGGCGGCUUAUGAUCUAUCAGACGGAAAAUAUCCGAUAUUACUGAAAAAGGCGACGGAGGUGGGUGAUUUUGUGUAUGGGGCGUUUGAUACGCCGAAUAGAAUGCAGAUGUCGCGGUGGGACUGGAAGGUAUCUCUUGCGGGAACGCCGCUGCGUGCUUCGCCAAAAACUCUACUUGCAGAAGUGGGAUCGCUAAGCCUUGAGUUUACGCGACUGACUCAAUUGACUGGAGACCCCAAGUAUUACGACGCCAUUCAACGCGUCUCUGAUAACCUCGAAAAGGGCCAAUCAAAGACGACAAUACCAGGACUAUGGCCCGUGAUUGUCGAUCUGCAGAAUCUCAAUUGGGGAGGCAACCAAUAUACGCUCGGGGGCAUGGCAGAUUCGACAUAUGAGUAUCUCCCAAAAGAGCAUCUCAUGCUCGGUGCUACCACCGACCAGUACCGGCGCAUGUACGAGAAAUCAGUGGGCCCGAUCAAAAAGAACUUGUUAUUCCGCCCAAUGAUCAAAGACAAAGUCGACAUCCUGUUCAGCGGCACACUCAAUGGGAACAAUCUCGAUUACGAGGGGCAGCAUCUUACCUGCUUUAUUGGAGGCAUGUUUGGCAUUGGUGCAAAGAUCUUUGAUCGUCCAGAGGAUCUAAAGACUGCUGAGCAACUGGUGAAUGGAUGUAUAUGGGCAUAUGACGCUAUGGCGACAGGCUUGAUGCCUGAAAUCUUCAGGAUGGUGCCAUGUGAGAGCUUAGACAAGUGUCCAUGGGAUGAGAAAAAAUGGCUGGCAGCCGUGGCCAAGACGUCUCAUGUAAAUGCAUUGGACGAUGAUAUCAUUCAUAAGUUUAUCACCGAGGCAGGUCUGCCACCUGGCAUGACGCGCGUCGUUGAUAGUAAAUACAUUCUACGCCCCGAGGCAAUCGAAUCCGUCUACAUCCUCUACCGCAUCACAGGCGACAAGAAAUACCAAGACGCCGCCUGGCGCAUGUUCAGCAGCAUCGAAAAGAUGACGCGCACGGACAUUGCGCACGCCAGCAUCAAGGACGUCCGCUUCACUGAUUCAAUGCAGGUCGAUAAAAUGGAGAGUUUCUGGUUGGCAGAGACGCUGAAAUAUUUUUAUUUGAUUUUUGCGGAGCCUGGGGUUGUGAGUUUGGAUGAGUAUGUUUUGAAUACGGAGGCGCACCCGUUUAAGCGGCCGGUAUGA